GCAGCCCUUACUAUAGGUUCUUUCAACGCACAGUAGAGCAGAUAGCUCAGCGUUCAAAAAUCAUAGCCAAUGCAUCACCAACACCGAAUACACCACCUGUCAGGAUGGCUACACUCCGGAGUAGCUCAGAUUUAGCUAAUUUCGCUGUUGGUUGCGACGCAGAUAUAGGUGGAAAGAGUGAAGCAAUCUUGGAUUACAUACCACAAUCUUCCGGAGCGGGUGAUGAACACGGACAUGGAAAAUUUCGCGGCGUUCUCAAUCCAUUCGUACCAGAAUCUUGGAAGAAAACAUUAGAAGAUGGUCAAACUGCGAAGAGUGGUUAUGCAGGUUUUAGGACAAAGACCCGUACGACACUUUUCGGUACAGCUUGUUGGGAUUUAUCUUUACAUCCAUAUCUCGCUAUGAGAGUCAGGAAUAACUUCAAAGGUGAUUCAAAGAGCGGAUUCUUUAUCAACAUUCAAACCGAAGGUGCAGUACGCACAGAUUUAUUCCAACAUCGUUUACAUAUCUUCGGGAAUGAUUGGCAAACACUCGUCGUUCCACUUAGCUCGUUUGUACUCACAAAUGCCGGUGAGACCUCUGAUCAACAACUGCCAAUGUUACGAGAGAAGAUCAGAACUGUUGGUUUAAGUUUAUUGGCUAAACCAGAUGGUGAUAAACUUGGUAGAGUUGAAAACACUCAAGAAAACUUCGAUUUGGAUAUCGAAUGGAUAGAAGGUUGGAAUGAUGCUGAAAAUGGUCACAAAAAUGAUAAUCAAAUUGACGAGAAGGCGGGAAAUCUAUAAAAGAUGACUUUACAAUACUUUUAAUAAUAAUGAUGAUGCCUCAAUAAAUAUAAUGAUGCUCUUGAUUAUGUCAUAUUCUGACUAACUCUAGUACGAGUUUCUGCC